ACCCGGAUGUGUGUAGUGGCGGUGGCCGAAGAGCUUGUGUACGGAGCUGAGAGGCCUAUGGAUGAGGAGGACGCGGCGGCCCCGGUUUGUUCUCAUGAACAAGAUGGAUGACCUCAACCUGCACUACCGGUUUCUGAACUGGCGCAGGCGGAUCAGGGAGAUUCGAGAGGUUCGGGCUUUCCGGUAUCAGGAGAGGUUCAAACACAUCCUUGUAGAUGGAGACACUUUGAGUUAUCAUGGAAAUUCUGGUGAAGUUGGUUGCUACGUGGCUUCUCGACCCCUGACCAAGGACAGCAAUUAUUUUGAGGUGUCCAUUGUGGAUAGUGGUGUCCGGGGCACCAUUGCUGUGGGGCUGGUCCCUCAGUACUACAGCUUGGAUCACCAGCCUGGCUGGUUGCCUGAUUCUGUAGCCUACCAUGCUGAUGAUGGCAAACUGUACAAUGGCCGAGCCAAGGGCCGCCAGUUUGGGUCAAAGUGCAACUCUGGGGACCGGAUUGGCUGUGGCAUUGAGCCUGUGUCCUUUGACGUACAGACUGCCCAGAUCUUCUUCACAAAAAAUGGGAAGCGGGUGGGCUCUACGAUCAUGCCUAUGUCCCCGGAUGGGCUGUUCCCAGCAGUUGGCAUGCACUCCCUGGGUGAGGAGGUACGGCUGCAUCUCAAUGCUGAGCUGGGCCGAGAGGAUGAUAGCAUCAUGAUGGUGGACAGUUAUGAGGAUGAAUGGGGCCGGCUGCAUGAUGUCAGAGUCUGCGGGACUCUGCUGGAGUACUUGGGGAAAGGCAAAAGCAUCGUGGAUGUGGGGUUAGCUCAGGCCCGGCAUCCACUGAGCACCCGUAGCCACUAUUUUGAGGUGGAGAUCGUGGAUCCUGGAGAGAAAUGCUACAUUGCCUUGGGGCUGGCCCGGAAGGAUUAUCCCAAGAACAGACACCCUGGCUGGAGCAGAGGGUCCGUGGCUUACCAUGCAGAUGAUGGGAAGAUCUUCCAUGGUAGUGGUGUGGGAGACCCCUUUGGACCACGCUGUUACAAAGGGGACAUUAUGGGCUGUGGAAUCAUGUUUCCCCGGGACUAUAUUCUGGAUAGUGAGGGUGACAGUGAUGACAGCUGUGACACAGUGAUCCUGUCCCCAACUGCCCGGGCUGUCCGGAACGUCCGGAAUGUCAUGUACCUGCACCAAGAAGGGGAAGAAGAAGAGGAGGAAGAGGAAGAGGAAGAAGAUGGGGAAGAGAUAGAGCAGGAGCAUGAGGGCAAGAAGGUGGUGGUUUUCUUCACCCGAAAUGGCAAGAUCAUUGGGAAGAAAGAUGCUGUUGUACCUUCGGGAGGCUUCUUCCCCACCAUUGGAAUGCUGAGCUGUGGGGAGAAAGUGAAAGUAGACCUGCAUCCCCUGAGUGGCUAGGCCUCCUCCUUCACACCCGCCCUCCUCUCUCUGCACACCCUUUGAAGGGCUGGGUGCUCAGUUCCUGGCUUCCCCUGGGAUUUGUUUACUCUACAGGCCCUGGGGUACAUUCACUCUGAUCCCUACCAACCCAGGUCCUGGUCAAGCUUGACCUUUCUUACCUGAUGCCAUCUGUAAUCAUCAGUCCCUGGGCCCGAGUCCCUGGUUGGACAGAAACAGGCCCAAAGAACAGUGUUGAUACAUGGCUGGGCCUCCCUUGCUUUGGUCAGGCACUUGAAUCCCCUUUCAUUUGCUGGCCCUGUGUGAGUCGAGAGGAGCUCGCCCGUUCUCAGCUGCUAUUUGAGCGUGGCACUUUGCAGAGGGUGCAGAGGCAGCCUGUCUCCUACUUAGUACAUAUGUCCCCUUGGUUUCUCUUUUGUUUUUUGUUCCGUGUCCUUAUCAUGUGAGCCAAUCACUGCUGUCUCUCCCCCUGGCUGGCCUAGGGGGCCUCUCUUGGGUCUCUCUCCUUUUACUAGCUGCUGCCCUGAAAAGACUCCUCCUCCAGGGUAUCUACCCUUUCCCCUGGCUGGCUCCCUGUCUUCUCCCUGCUCAGGCACCAUUAUCCCACUGAGUCUGAGUCUGGCUCCUCCCACUCGUUCACAUACAGGGUGCUUAGUACAUGUGUAGUAGACAGGACUGGCCUUUGUUCCCUGCAUCCUGGCCAUGUUCUCUGGUGGCAUCUGUGUCCCUAGCUCUCUGGGAUGGAGGCUGAGGCUCUGGGGCAUGGCUAAUGCUGUGGCCCCUUACUCCCCUUUACCUGCCCCCAUUCCUGCCUGCCUCACACCCUAGCUUGCUGCUUGUACCAGUUGCCUGUUUUGCUUCAGUGUUUGAUUCUAUCACUUACAUAGAUUCCCCCAAGCCCUCAUACCACUUUCUCCCGCCUUGACCCUGAGCCCCUCCCCAUAGGAGUAAGGGAAGGAAGAGGGAACAGGAGCUCUAGGCCUUGGUUUGCACAGAGUGGGCAGGGCCUUGGGGAAAAUGGGUGUGCUGUCGUGCUGCUGGGACCCCGUUGGUCCUCCCUUUUGGCCCUGCACUAUGUUGUAUGAAAUGUAUGUACAGACCAGAGAUGUUUAUACAGCCAAUAAAGACGGAGUUUCCGUAUUUAUCAGUA